AUGGCUCCGGCUCUCCUUGCUUCAACUCACUACACCACCUCAUCUCUCUAUUCUACAUAUUCUGCUGAACCGAACUCAACAACAACAACUUCUCUCUCCUAUCCUCGCACGACCGUUUCUCCUUCCUUCCCGUCUCCUUCUCUCCCGUCUCCUUCUCUUUCGGAUCGCUCAUCCAGUUCGAAUGGCUCUGGAUCUGGCAGUUUAACACCCACACAAUCCUCGACGACAGCCCAGCCCACGAGUGCUAGUGCUGCCAUGUUCGCACAGAGAAAACUUUCAAAGAAACCUAGCAAUUCCACAUUACGAGUCCAACCUGUUCUACCAGAUAUCUUGGAAGCUUCGCCAAUGACACCAAUGAUGGAUCUCUCUUCAAAUAUAAGAUCGAACCGACCGUUGUCGAUUCUCUCUGAAGUUUCAAUUGCUUCUGACGACUCCGACAGCUCUCAGGCGACCAUUGAUGGAUAUAAGUUUCGAUUCUUGGAUGAUGAUGCCGAGUCUGUCGUUGAAGGAAGUAUUUUUGACGAAACAGACAGCGAAGAAGAAGGAUCAAAAGAUAUGAAGCGCGCGGAACGGGCAUUCGCUGGUGUAAAGCAGAAACUCUUUGCCUUCGAGAGCAGUAUCGCCAAAGCCAGAGAUACUCUGCUCAGCCCGCCUCCCACUGCUAGUCCCACUCUAAAAACCAGUCCGACUUUCAAGACCAGCCCAACCUUCAAAACCAGUCCUUCCCUCUCGAGUAACGAUAUCCAGCCUUCCGGUAUCAAAACCCUUGGUCGGAUACCGCUCUCCCUUAACUUUCACAACCGUACUGUUAGCGACAGUGCUAGUUGGCGAUACCAAGGAGCUCAUUUUCGCAAAGAUAGCAACUCGACAAUGACAUCCAGUGCCUCCGACCAGUACGCUGACGCUUACACCACAUUACGUGCCAGCUCUGCCAUGUCCAACCGUUCCCGAUCCUCAUCGCGCGCCAGUGCUACGCAAGUAAAGGAGUUGGAGGAUCAGAUGAAUUCCCUGAAAGGACGGUUGACGAAACUCACGGAGAAAACUCGCAGGGAGUCCCUUCGACGACGUAGUAUGAACAACCUAAGGACACCACUGAAUAACGUUUUCCACCAGCCUGAGACUAAACAGCCUGAACCAGAACCAGAACCGGAAACAGCUACCACUACUCCAAGCGACAUACUAAGCCCCGUAAGUUUCCACACGGCAUACGAUGAAACCUCAGAUUUCGGGUCCGAAGAAGGGAGCAGGGCGGGAACUCCAAAGCCAUACCCAUCAAUUCGUAAAGUUAUGUCGUACGAGGAAUUAGGCUACGACAGUGCCUUUUCAGCUCCUGGCGAGGAAACCCCAUCCUUGAUCAACAGCCCACGACGGAAUAGGGUUCGGGAGUACAGAACUACCAGCAGUUCUGGAUCCAGCGGAUCUAGUAGAACCAACACGCCUGUGUUGCCGUUACACCAAUCAUCGAGAGAGUUCCAAAGGAAUAACAGCGCUUCGUCUGUUGCUAGUUUCGAGACUGCGUUGGAAGACUAUGAUGAACCUACUCUUGUCACACCUUUGAGCCAACGACCACACCAUCGACGAAACCUGAGCGCGGCUAAGGCUUCUCCAUUGAGGGCAGUUAUGGAUGAACCCGCCCGUGAGUGUGUAGAGCCCGGAGAGACGAGCCCUCAUGACGAUGGAUAUCACUCUGGACCUUCUACACCACAGGGCUCCGAUGAAGGGGUUUACAUAUCAACUCGAAGCAAAGUUGGAGGUGUGGCCUUACCAUUGACCCACGAGUCUCUGGCUCAUAUGGACCCAUUACUUUCCAUCCCGGUAGCUACGUCGAGGGCCAAAUCUGCCACCAAUUCUAUCAUCGGAGCUGAAGACGACGAACUUGCCUUGAAGUUGCCAAUUCAGGACCGCGAAUUAGUCGAGAAUCUUUGCGAUCAAUUAGGCAAGAUUUGUUGCAAACUAGAGGUUGCACGAACACCAGCUGAUAAGGCUGAAAUUCGUCGACGAAUGGAAGUUGCGUUGAUGGUUCUCCAAGGAACAACCGACUUCUAA